AUGGCUGGUCCCUUCUCCCGUCUGCUGUCUGCCCGCCCCGGACUUAGACUCCUGGCUUUGGCUGGAGCUGGGUCUCUCGCCGCUGGAAUUCUGCUCCGCCCGGAAUCUGUACGAGCCGCCAGUGAACGGAGACUCUAUCCCCCAAGCCAGACAGGGCUCACUGGACAGCUCCCAGCUGACACCAGUAGGUCUAGUCUCCUGUGCCCUCCCUCCAUGGUUACUGGGUACCCCCUUCCCAGCGCUGAGUACCCAGACCUCCGAAAGCACAACAACUGCAUGGCCAGUCACCUGACCCCAGCAGUCUAUGCACGGCUCUGCGACAAGACCACACCCACUGGUUGGACUCUAGAUCAGUGCAUCCAGACUGGCGUGGACAACCCUGGCCACCCCUUCAUCAAGACUGUGGGCAUGGUGGCUGGAGAUGAGGAGUCCUAUGAGGUAUUUGCUGAACUGUUUGACCCUGUGAUCCAGGAGCGGCACAACGGAUAUGACCCCCGAACAAUGAAGCACACCACUGACCUUGAUGCCAGUAAAAUCCGUUCCGGCUACUUUGACGAGAGGUACGUAUUGUCCUCAAGAGUCAGAACUGGCCGAAGCAUCAGGGGACUCAGUCUGCCUCCAGCCUGCACGCGGGCAGAGCGACGAGAGGUAGAACGUGUGGUGGUGGAUGCACUGAGCGGCCUGAAGGGUGACCUGGCUGGACGAUACUAUCGGCUCAGUGAGAUGACAGAGGCUGAGCAGCAACAGCUUAUUGAUGACCAUUUUCUGUUUGAUAAGCCUGUGUCCCCAUUGUUGACUGCAGCAGGAAUGGCUCGAGACUGGCCAGAUGCCCGGGGAAUCUGGCACAACAAUGAGAAGAGUUUCCUGAUCUGGGUGAACGAGGAGGACCACACACGGGUCAUCUCUAUGGAGAAAGGAGGCAACAUGAAGAGAGUCUUUGAAAGAUUCUGCCGGGGCCUCAAAGAGGUGGAGAGGCUGAUCCAGGAACGAGGCUGGGAGUUCAUGUGGAAUGAACGCUUGGGAUACAUCCUGACCUGUCCAUCUAACCUGGGCACUGGACUUCGGGCAGGAGUGCACAUCAAACUGCCCCUGCUAAGCAAAGAUAGCCGUUUCCCAAAGAUCUUGGAGAACUUAAGACUCCAAAAGCGCGGAACAGGAGGAGUGGACACCGCUGCCACAGGCAGUGUCUUCGAUAUCUCUAAUCUGGACCGACUUGGCAAGUCAGAGGUGGAGCUUGUGCAGCUCGUCAUCGACGGAGUGAACUAUCUGAUUGACUGUGAACGGCGUCUGGAGAGAGGACAGGAUAUUCGGAUCCCCGCGCCUCUUGUCCAUGGCAAACAUUGA